GUGAGCGGGGGCGGCUGUGUUCCGGGUGGCAAUCGCGUUUGGCGCGCGGGCGCUAGGGCUUCGCAGAUCGAUGGCAGGGGCGCGGGGCGGUGGAGGCUAAGCCAAACACUCGCGCGCGGAGGAACGUUAUGCAAACGCCUUCGCAGCCUCCGGGCCGCGUGCCGCCCGUCCAGCGGAUUUGGGACGCGGCGACGGCACGAGGCGCCACGCCACCCGGGGUGGAACUCGCGCAGUGUGUGUGUGCGCACGCGGCGACCUACCUUGAUUUUCUCGUACGUCGUUGACAGCUCCAAGCGGUGCACGAAGGGGUUGAGCAGAUCCGCCCCCAUGCUCAGGUCGUCGUCGGCGUGAAGCUUUCCGUUCAUCGUGAGCGGCGAGGCAGAAGCCACACGCGAACGAAAGAGGACCGCGCUGCGCACUCCACUUAGCACAUCGCCGCUGAGGGGCGCGAGCGGCGGGGCGGCCGCUGGACGUGCGACCGGUCGCGGAAGAUGCGCGGGAGGCUCUGCCUGACAGCCAGCAGCUGGGGCGCCGCCGCCGCCGCCGCUUCGCGCUUUCCCUGUGCAGGGCGCAGCACCGGCGCGCCUGGCCUCGUGGCCCCCCGGAACGCGCGUGGGUGACAUGAUAGGAGCGACAUGCCGGAAACUUGAUACUGCAAUCGAACGGUUUUGACUUCACGCUUUUGACGGAUAGUGUAAUAUUACCCAGGAAGGACAACGGACGUUUGUUUGACCCAUCCUUCAUAUUUCAACGCGGGCAUUCAUUUUUUGUUGCCGGAUUGGUCAUAACGUUACGUCAACUUUGUUGGGUGCCGAAUUAUUUUGAGUUUGUUAAUGUACUGUCAUGCAAAUUGUAUGCUCCCUUUUCGGUAAAGACCUCAAUAUUGUUGUAUCGAUCUAUGUAAACGUGUGACGAAAGACUGGGCAAGCUUGUAAACAUUGUGUUUACAUGUACAUAACCUCUUUUCACAUUUUGUAACAUUCAACAUGGAUUCAUUACUGAAAAACUUACGGUCUUUUUUCAUACAUGUCCAUGCGUUCCCAAUGAAAUGGCAACUAGAAUUGCGGAAAGCGGAGGAGUAUGUAACAGCGUUAUCUAAUCAAGCAGAACAGUUACGAUAUGUUAACGCGGUUCCUGAGGAUGAUAAGGAAAUUGAAUUGAUGCAAUUAAGAGAUUUCAAAUCUCUUCUUUUGGCCAAAAUUCAUGCAGGUGCAGAAGAAGAGUUGGAAAGUGCUCAGAAAAUUCUCCAUGAGUGUGCAGAGAUGGUGCUGGAGAUGAAGGGCCGCCUGAGCAACCUGGAGCAAGCUGUGAGUGCCAUCGAUUGGGCCAAGGAAGAGCAGCUGACGCUGAAGGGCUCUGCCACGCUGCCGCCAGUGCUGCAGCUCCUGGAGUGGGCUGAAGACUUUUGGAGGUUUUACCACGUGCAAUAUUUGCAAUUUUCAUGUGCUUUGACAGCACUUCAGUUGGAGGAAGAAUCGUCUGUUGAAGCCCUGCAAGCAGCUGUCAAACCCAAGGCCGAGUUACCUUCCUCAUUGCAAUGGGCGCUGGCGCUGACGUUGCCGCUGCUGGCCGAGGCGCCCACGGCGGCCGCCGCCCUCGCCCUCGCCCCAUCGCCCGCGCGCUCCCCACACAGCCCCGCGCCCGCCCGCGUGCGCGAGCACCUCUAACGCCCCUCCCUCGGCCCGCGCACCCAGCAUGGCCUCACAAUACGGACUUCUGAGGUGGCGGCGGCUGAGGCGCCAUGGCCAACACGGCGCAUCUGGUGCGGCGCCAGAGCUCGCAGAACCUCAACCCGCAGCGCUCGCUCGACCGCCUCGAGAUGAAGGAGCUGCGCGGCCGCCUCGUGGUGGAGAACGGCGCUUCCUCGGCCGGCUACGGCGCCACCAACGUGGCCUUCGACGACAGCAGCCCUGGCGCCAAGACGGGGACCAAGCUGGGCUCUGGCGAGGGCAAGGCGGUGUUCCGGCCGGAGGCGGGCGAGGACGAGCGCGAGUCGUGGGACAGCAAGCUCACCUUCCUGCUGGCCACCGUGGGCUACGCCGUGGGGCUGGGCAACGUGUGGCGCUUCCCGUACCUGGCGCAGAAGAACGGAGGCGGCGCUUUCCUCAUCCCGUACUUCGUGAUGCUGGCCAUCGAGGGCAUCCCCAUCUUCUACCUGGAGCUGGCCAUCGGGCAGCGCCUGCGCAAGGGCGCCAUCGGCGUCUGGAACCAGGUGUCGCCCUUCCUGGGCGGCAUCGGCAUCAGCUCCGCCGUCGUCUCCUUCAACGUGGCGCUCUACUACAACACCAUCAUCGCCUGGUGCCUCUUCUACUUCGUGCAGAGCUUCCAGGCGGAGCUGCCCUGGUCGCGCUGCCCCAACCGCUACUGGGACAACGGCUCGUACACCGAGGAGCCCGAGUGCAAGGUGAGCAGCCCCACGCAGUACUUCUGGUACCGCUCCACGCUGAUGGUGUCGGAGGACAUCAACUCGCCCGAGCAGUUCAACUGGAAGAUCGCGCUGGCGCUGCUGGUGGCCUGGGUGCUCGUCUACAUGUGCAUGAUCAAGGGCAUCGCCUCUUCGGGCAAGGUGGUGUACGUGACGGCCACCUUCCCCUACAUCGUGCUCAUCAUCUUCUUCUUCCGCGGCGUCACCCUCAAGGGCAUGGGCGACGGCCUGCGCCACCUCUUCACCCCCAAGUGGUGGACGCUGGCCGACCCGGUGGUGUGGCUGGAGGCGGGCACGCAGAUCUUCUUCUCGCUGGGGCUGGCCUUCGGCGGGCUCAUCGCCUUCUCCUCCUACAACCCCGUCAACAACAACUGCUACCGCGACGCCAUCAUGGUCUCGCUCACCAACUGCUUCACCUCCAUGUUCGCCGGCAUCGUCGUCUUCUCCAUCAUCGGGUUCAAGGCCACCAUGAUCCACGAGCGCUGCCUGGCGGACCGCAACAGCACGCUGCUGGCCCUGCAGGCGGACCCCACCGCCAACCUCACGGUGCCCGAGUGCGACCUGGAGAAGGAACUCGACAACAAAAUUUCUUCAUAUGGUCGCGAUUGGCAGCUAUUCACGUCUGCGUCGGGCACCGGCCUGGCGUUCAUCAUCUUCACGGAGGCCAUCAACCAGUUCCCCGGCGCGCAGUUCUGGUCCAUCCUCUUCUUCCUGAUGCUCUUCACGCUGGGCAUCGACUCGCAGUUCGGCACGCUCGAGGGCGUCGUCACCUCCAUCGUCGACAUGAAGCUCUUCCCCAACCUGCGCAAGGAGCUGCUUACCGGUGGCAUCUGCCUCGUGUGCUGUCUGCUGUCCAUGAGCUUCGCGCACGGCGCCGGCAGCUACGUGUUCGUGCUGUUCGAUAACUUCAGCGGCAACUUCCCGCUGCUCAUUAUCGCCUUCUUCGAGUUCGCCGACGACAUCGAGCUGAUGACAGGGCGGCGGCCGGGGCUGUACUGGCUGGUGUGCUGGAAGUACCUGUCGCCGCUGGCCAUGCUGUCCAUCCUGGUGGCGAGUUUCGUGGAGAUCGCGGUGGACGGCAGCGGCUACCCGGCGUGGGUGGCGGCGCGCGGCGACACGGAGCGCCACGCGUGGCCCGUGUGGGCGCUCGUGCUCAUCGCCGUACUGGUGCUCAUGUCCGUGCUCUGGAUCCCCGUCGUCGCCAUCGCCAGGGCGUUCGGGUACGUGAUCGUGGACGACAACGACCAGGCGUGGUUCCCGGCCGACGACCUGCGCGACUUCCACGGCAUCGUGCCUCACUCGGUGACGGCGGCCGAGAAGGUGCUGUUCUGCAUCCACGAGGACGGCUCGGAGGGGCUGUGCUGCCCCACGGGCGCGCCCGACGAGGACGAGGACACCUAGUGGGGCCCCGCGCCCCCGCCCUCCGCCCUCCCCCGCUCUCGCGGCGCUAGCUGGCAGGCCGAAGUGGCAGCGUAUGGCAGGGGGCUGGGGGAGGGCGGGCGAGGGUGGGCAGGGAGGGAGGGGAGUUGUUUCUUCAGCGUACGGAGGAGUUGCAGGCGGGAGCAUCUCGCCCCAGGAAAGGCUCCCGCCCAAACGAGUUAAUAUCCAUGUCAAUACCAGGAGAUGUAAGCAGAUCUGCGUAACAGGGUUACAAAAUAGUGCAAAUAGACGUAGCAAAGGCAACGGGCCAGCACCCCGCCAGCACCGCAACGCAUCCGCCGCUCGCUACCCGCCACAUAUCCCGCGCACUGCGCAUAUACCAAGCUGCGCAGCGCUCACUUCGUCCCCUCUUUCCUUCCCUCCUCCACACUGAGCCUCCCUCCCCCUCCCCUCCCCCGCCCCAUCGGCACCGGCCGCCACGCCGCCGUCUCGGUCUCUUCUGAGGCAGCGUUUCUCACUUCUAAUUUCCGGCUCCACACAAGACUGCUUUAUUGCCAUUUUCACUAAUGAAGGUUUCUCAAAAAAAGAUCUGAAAUAAGAAAUAAAAUUUCACUUUAUACAGAGUGUUCAAUAAUUUUUUUGUUUACAGAAAAAUGUACUAAACUAAAACUAGCUAAUACAUACUAUUUAUUAGCUAGAUUUAUAUAACAUUCAAUAACGUGAAAAAUGUUAUUUCUCAUGAAAAGACGAUAUUUUCUGUACACUUGUACAUUUGUGCAAUUCUUGCCGAGACAUCAUUUUGCUUAGUUUUUUAAAGUUGUAUGGAUGUUAAUUUAGAAACGAUAUUCCACAGUCGAAACAAUGAAGUUACUAAAGUACCUUUCAGAGUUGUCAAUUAUUUUUCCCUAAUUAAUCACACCUUUUUCAUUAAUUUUGUCGGUAUUAGAUUGCGCCAAAAAGUCGUGGAUUAUUAUAUAAAAGACUCGUCGUCAUUCCUCAGUGCUUCGGCGAUGUGGCCCUGUGCCGCGGUGUCCCUCUCCACCACCCCCCCACCACCCGUCCCACCUGCCCGCUACCUGCGUGCGCGGCGCGUCGCGUCCACCAUAUCCCCUCGAUCUUCCAGAGCAGCGGCGGCGGCGGCGGCGAGCGGGCAGCCCACAGGGGCCAGCGACGCCCCCGCCCCCGCCACGCCCGCCCGCCCCCCUCACGCGAGGGGGCACUCCGAGUGUCUCAGAAGAAGCUAC